AACAUGUCGAGAAGUAAAGGUAUAAAUGACCAUGACUUGAUAUCAUAUUUCACAUUGAGUGUUGCAAACAGACACCACAAUGAAGUCAAUUACUGUCGCCUUACUGUUGCUGGCUUCUUGCUUAUCUGUCAGAUGUGUUUGGGUAAAAGAAAUGGAAAACCCUGGUGUUUUUGAGGGAGAUAUGGUUUUGGAUCCAGACGAGAAGGAGGGCGUAUGGAAGACUGGAAAUGCUUUUGCUAGCAUAAAAGGUGGAAGAUGGCCCGGUGCAAAAAUUCCAUAUGUCGUUGAGGGGUCAAUCAGUAGCAGAGGUAUUUCAGCUAUUAAUGCAGCCAUUGCUGAUUAUCACAAAUACACCUGCUUGAGAUUUCACAGGAGAACUAAUGAGAGAUCUUAUAUCAGCUUCUAUAGAGGAGGCGGCUGCUCUUCACCAGUUGGUUAUCGAUAUGGACGUACGAACAGGAUAUCACUGGCUAGUGGUUGCUGGAAUAAAGGCAUUGUUAUGCAUGAGAUUGGACACAGUAUUGGAAUCUAUCAUGAACAAAGUAGACCAGAUAGAGACGACUUCGUGCGAAUUUUGUGGAACAACAUUCCUAGGGCAAAUGCGUUCAAUUUCAACAAACAAAAGGCAUCCAACAUCAAUUCUCUUGGUACGCCUUAUGACUUCAGAUCAAUGAUGCACUACAGUUCCGGUGCUUUUGGUGGUGGCAGAAGAACCAUUGAAGCUAAGGAUCGUGCAAACCAAAAUUUGAUGGGUCAAAGAAAUGGAUUCAGUGCAAUUGACGUAAAGCAAAUAAACCUGAUGUACUGCGGCGGUUCAGGUCCAAGCUUGCCACCUCCUACUUGCGAAAACAGAAACAGCCGAUGUGAUGAAUGGGCAAACCGUGGAGAAUGCAACAAAAACCCUAACUAUAUGCUUAAAUGGUGUAAAAAAGCAUGUAACGUUUGCUAAUUAUAACAAAUAUAUGAAGACGAAAGCGAAA